GGGCGAUGAAAGAGACAUGGAAUGGGAUCCCACUCCCACUCUUGUCGCGGUCUACUGGCCAUAUUGCAGUCCAUAAUUGAUCAAAAUGCGAAACGUUUGUAAUGGAUUUGUCCUACAAUGGUGUUUAUCGUUUGAUUAAGUUGUCCAAAGCAGACCUUUGUCUUUCCUUCGGACAACAACCACUUUUCCCUUACUUCUUCGACGACAUGAUGCGCCUACGGGCUCUAACACUGAAAGUUGCACAGGCUGUGAAAGAAUGCCAUGUAAAUCGAAAUCUAGGGAAGAGAAACGCAAGAUAAGACACCUCUGGCAUGGUUACGGAAAAGUACUACAAAGGUCGAAAAAAUAUCUUUGGCAUAGCGUGUGAUAUUUCGGAAAGACGAUGGUAGAAGAUAGAGAUAUGAAGAUAUUACUUGUUCACUCCACCACAUAAUAAACA